CAUAUAUCUGUUUCACAUUUCCUUCACUUACAACUUUAUCUACUGUUGUUACUAGGUUUUCCACAUAUUUUUGCUGAUUCCGAGCACCGUUGCUAUUUGACUGGUCAUCAUGGUGUCCCACAUUAUCCUGACAUUCCAUUUAAUUAUAAAAAUUGUUGCUAUGGUUGUUAGAAGGGGCAUCAGCCCCGUGACUUUCAAAAGAUCUCAACUUUCAUCAUGAGCCGUCACAAUUUUUCUGAAUGGUGACCCUUGAACUAGGAAGGCGGAAUUUAAAUGGUUUAAUAGUUCGGUUAGCGUUUUUUUUGCAAGUUUGUUUUCUACGGGGUGGGGUUGCUGGCCCCAUACACAGCCCUCCUCUCUUCCCCGUGCUUGGGACGAGCAAUAGCUCUAGAAGAGCAACAAGCGUUGUUUUUAGAGUUGCUAGUCUUUUGUCUUUCUGUUUAUUCUCUUCCCGAUUUUCUCACUAAGAGACGGAGUACUGCUAACUGGACGCAAACCUAUAGGUGAACAUAUUAACACUUGCAUACCACAUAUUUCCAAAUUUAUACAGAGGUUGACUCAAAAUGUCAGAUGUUGUUGAGUGUUUUGUUUGCAAAAUUAUUUUUUGUGACCAGGAUAGCUAUUGGAAACAUGUUUACGAGGAAGACUGUCACAAUCCGUGUAGAACUUCAACUGCUGAUUUCAGUAAUGACAAAAAUAACAUCCAAAAAUCUGUUGAAAGUGUGUCUAAAAUAAGCAAUCACUCUGGCAAACCAUCUACAAAUCAGCCUUCCAAUGUUUUGUUAGAAGCAUCCUCAUCUGAUAAAGUAUGUAAUAUUAAGGCGCCACUCAAUAGAAAACUUACCAAUAAGGCUUAUUGCAAUGUUUGUCAGACCUACAUGACUCCUUUUGAUUUAAUUCGGCAUGAGACCGGUAAAAAGCAUUUGAAAAUGUUGGAAAAAGCAAACCUAUAUGCCCCCAAAUCAGUCGACGGACAUCAAGAUGCCACAUGUUCUCUUAAUCAUCAAGGAAAUUAUUUUAAAGAAGAAAAUUAUUGUGACCGUAAUCAUAACCCCUAUAGCAUGACUUAUGGCAUAUCGUCUUGUAAGACUUCAUCUUCAGAGACUCCAGUAAAAUGUGAUGCUGAUUCGCAGUACAUUCCUAAUGUACGUUCGCUCUUAAAUUUUAAUGAGACAUCCGAGAAUAAUUCAAACAAAUCAGCUACUAAGUCUAUUUUACGCAGAUUAUGUAUGACGGAAAUUUCAUCGCUUCUAAGUCAAAUGAUUGGAGAUAUGUAUCAAAAAGCUCAUUUUUAUAAGCAAUUAAAAAUAAAGUGUCGGGACGACCUAAACUCUAUCUUGUGUCUUGAGGUUCCUAUUCUGCAGAGCACUGUUAGUCAAGAACUCUCAGAGACAAACUCUUCUGGACCAAACAGCGUUUAUCAUGGUGAAAAUACGUCGCUCAGUCAUUUACUUUUAUCUUGGGUCAAACAACUCCAUGCACUAGACAACGAUUAGUUUCAUUAAUCGACUGUAUAUUUUUUGUUGUUGAGUAUUUCACUGCAUCUUCAUAAAUAGAGACUAUUUUGAU